AUUAAAAGAUAACUAACUGAGUGUCUUUUUAACGUUAUUUAUGAUGUCUGUUAAGUGGUGUUUAAUUAGUGGCAUAUGAAAGGGUGGUUUCGGUGUCGGCUCAAUAAUAAUGUGCGAGUCGAGUGCUGCUGCUGCUCCAUUCAGUAUCUACGGCGGCGGCGCGCGUCCUCGUCUCGCUACAGGGCGCCGCGCCUCGCGCAAGCGCCCGUCUAUCGAGCGGCAUGUGCCACUCGCAGCCGACCGCUCCACCCGACAGAAUCACUCUUUUUUAUUUUCCCUCCGAACGUAGCACGGCGACAUCCCAAUUCUAACUGAAAGCACGCUUGAUAACAACCGUCCCGUUCGACUAUUGUACUCCCAGAUCUUUCUCGCUUACGUUACUAUAAGAUCGAAUACAAAAUGGCAGGGUCUUACGGAUCCCUGAACAGAGCGCGAUCCAUACUCUGACCGGACGGUCGUGAUCUCGGAUGGUAUAUGUCUCGUUGUAUGAAUGUUAUGUAAGUUCGGUACGGUGACCGCGAGUAGGUGUAUCCGUAACGUCCAGUAACGUCGCCGGUGCAGUGAACUUUGGAGCCCAUGUAACGUACUCGGACUGCCAUUAGCACAAUGAGCGGGUACGGUAUGUCGAGCGGUGGGGACUCUGACACGCUGUCUCGAAGGCUGCGUGAGGCGGAGCGCGCUCGAGCUGAUGCUGAGAGAGCGCACGCGGACGCACUUGCACAUCUUCGGGCGGCGCAGCGCACGCCGCACGACUCACACAACGUAGAACAGUUACAAUCUAGAGUUAGAGAACUAGAGAAAAAGGCGGCAUUAGAAACGGUUCGUUGCGAAGAACUGCAGUUGGAGCUGUCGGCAGCGAUGCGUGCUCGUGGCACCACGACUACGGCAACCUGGUCGACGCCUGUGACUCAGCCAGCUUCCGAAAUCGAGAGGAUUAUGGCUAAAAUUGAACAAGAUAACCGGAUUUUAGCUGAAUUGGAGCAUUCUAGAUCUACAACUCAUGGGAUUCAAACAAGCGGAUCUAAUCAAGCGUUGGGAGAGUUUCAGUCGCCGACACCAUCUCCUUUGCCUCACUCAUAUACAAGCACCUCUGGCCACGUGGUGCUCUGUCAGAGCAACACGAUGCCUACUCUCUCUUCUCUACACAACACUUCCCACUUCACCGCUCCCAGCUCUAAUACAGUGGCGUAUUCUAUGAGUGCUCAUAAUCCUACUUCUUAUUCUAAUCCAGUCCCAGCUACUUACGGUCUGUCUAACGCUCAUCAAGUUACUUUCACGAAUCCAGUAACUGCUCCUCUCGUUAACAAUAUAAGUCAAAUUUCGAGCACUCUUGCCGGUCUUCAAUCUAAUUUACAAAACAUCACUGGCAAUAUGUCCGGGAUGAAUUUGGGUAGCACAUUAGUCGGCCCAGCGAUUAGUGGUACCUUAACAGGAGCAGGACUUUCUAGCUGUCUUAAUAACCAACAAACAAAUUUAUCUGGAGGUCUUACAAGCACUCUUGCUGGAAUUCAAUCAAAUUUGAGCGGUUCAUUAGGAAACCCACUAUCUAAUCUCACAGGAACUGGACAAAUCGGAAAUCUUAAUACAAGUUUGACUGGCACAAAUGCAUAUGGAACGGGCGUAGGGACCUACACGAAUCCAUUAUUAUCCGGUGGUCUAGGAACAAACACAAUGAAUAUUAAACUAAAACCCAUUGAUGAAAUAGACCUUGGCUUAAGCAGAUAUGGUACUAAUCCGCCUUUAGUUAGAGCUACCACACCAGUAACACCGCACCAACCCUCUUGGAAUUUAGGAAUAGAUAGCCAAUUUGGAACUGAUAGAAUAGGAAAUAUGGAUACCUUUAUUCAUGAUCGAGGUCCGAGAGCCAUAAGACUUUUACCAAAUAAUAUGUUGGACGUAGAUGUCCGAAACACGCAUUACAUGAAUGGUGGCGCAUCCUCUGAGCCACAAGUUGAUAUGCUAGACAUUCCAGGAAAAGGUCGUUGCUGUGUUUAUAUUGCUCGAUUCUCCUAUGAUCCGCCAGAUGUCGAGACCUCGGAAGGAGAAUUAUCUAUUUGCACCGGAGACUAUUUACUGGUUUGGGGUCCACCGGAUACCAAUGCAACAAUGCUUGAUGCUGAGCUGUUAGACGGUCGUCGAGGUCUUGUUCCAGCAAAUUUUGUACAACGUUUAGUUGGUGACGAUCUCUUAGAAUUUCAUCAAGCCGUAAUAGCUACUUUGCGAGAUGCUGAUGAAACUGCUACUACAGCAAUAAGUGACAUGUCGCUUAGCAGGGAUGUGGCUCGUCUCAGUGAAAUGGCUGAUAUAAGCGAUGGUCCAGAAGAUGAUGACAAUGUGCCAGCGCCGCGUCAGCUGACCCUGGAGCGGCAACUCAACAAGUCCGUGCUCAUCGGCUGGACGGCGCCGGAGGGUGUGCAACAAGCCAACAUCGACAGCUACCAUGUGUACGUUGACGGCGUGCUCAAAACUACAGUCAAGGCAACCGAGCGAACUCGUGCUUUGGUCGAAGGAGUAGAUGCGAAUCGACCACAUCGCAUUAGCGUCCGAUCAGUAACAGUCACUAGACGCACGUCGAGGGACGCCGCAUGUACCAUGGUCAUAGGCAGAGACACUGGAAAUAUGGGACCCACUUGUGUUAGAGCGAGUGGAGUAACUUGCUCCCAAGCUGUAAUUUCUUGGCUUCCAGCUAACUCAAACCACCAACAUGUCGUGUGCGUCAAUAAUGUUGAGGUACGAACUGUCAAGCCGGGUGUUUAUCGACAUACAAUAACGGGUUUGUCCCCAAGCACACAAUAUCGAGUUACGGUCAGAGCUAAGCAUUUACGAGCAGGUCCACCAGGAGUACCUAUUGAAGAAGCACCUGGAGCUUACACUGAUUUUAGAACAUUACCUAAAGGGCUGCCGGAUCCACCAAACGAAAUAAUGGUGGAGGCCGGGCCACAGGAUGGCACUCUACUCGUGACGUGGCAACCUGUGCUGCGACCACCCGCUUCCGGGCCCGUCACCGGCUAUGCGGUAUACGCUGACGGCAAGAAGGUCACGGACGUCGAUUCCCCCACCGGAGAUCAUGCUCUCAUCGACAUCGGCAAAUUGAUCGGCCUCAAUCCCAAAUGCGUUACUGUGAGAACCAAGUCGCGAGACAGUCAAUCAAGUGACAGUGCUCCAACACCGAUACCACCAGCUGUGCUUCGAGGAGUGGUAUCUAGAGUGCCACGUGGUUCAGGUCAAGGGCCGACUUCAGGUCCAAAUCAGCCAACUCCCGGUUUCAGAAACCAAAGACCUCAGCCAUAUCAACAACAUCAGCAAGUUAUCGAACACGACGAAAAUCUGUCGGAUAAGGAAAUUUUUCCAACUACAAAUCGCCAUGAGGGUCAAGCAGCUCAGCCUACGAGCGGAUUCGGCACAGGCCUUCUAAAGAGUAUAUUCGACAAAAUAACCCCUUCGCAAUCCGGGAUACCGGCCAUCGAAAUCACUAAAGAGGGAGCCGUGGAGGCCAGUAGCGAGGACGAGGAACCACGCCGCCGCCCGCAGCAGCCGUCCCAACCUGCUCAAGCGUCGCAACCGCCUUCGGGUCAGCAGUACCCGAAUACACAAGCCUACCAUGGCACGCAGCAACCCCCCUAUCAACAGGGAGGCCAGUUCCCAAGUAAUCAGCCAAGCCAAUAUCCCGGCCAACCGCAGCAGUAUCAGAACCCUCCACCCCGAAAUCAUCAUGAAAGAGGGCGCCCUCCAAAUCCUCACCAGCAAUUACAACAACAACAAAUGCAACAAGGCCCUAUGCAGCAAUAUGGUCCACGAGGAGGUCCUCCAAUGGCUCCUAGAGGCCCCCAACCUGGUCAUCGUCCUCCACAAGGACACCCUCAAUCUAAAAGAAGUAGAUUUUUCAUCGCUCUUUUUGACUAUGAUCCGGCUACUAUGAGUCCAAAUCCCGAAAGCUGCGAAGAAGAAUUGCCCUUCAGCGAAGGAGACACGAUAAAGGUUUGGGGUGACAAGGACGCAGAUGGAUUUUAUUGGGGUGAAUGUCGUGGCCGACGGGGCUAUGUACCUCACAAUAUGGUAGUAGAAGUUUCUGAACAGGAAGCCACCGGUCAGGCCGCAGCCAAGCCUCGGGAUCGUUGGACGGAAGCUUACGCUAACCAGCCCGUGCGAAGAAUGGUUGCCUUGUACGACUAUGAUCCUCAGGAGCUCAGCCCUAAUGUCGAUGCUGAUGCGGAGUUGAGUUUUCAAACGGGUCAAAUUAUCCACGUUUAUGGAGAAAUGGACGACGACGGAUUUUAUAUGGCAGAGAUCGACGGUGUCAAGGGUCUAGUGCCCAGCAACUUCCUUACUGAUGCUAAUGACAAUUAUGGACCACCGGGACAAAGUAGCCAAGGUAUGAUGGGCGGCGGUAGAACCGGUAUUCCGGGUACAAGUAUGCCUGUCGGGGGACAAGGCCGUGGGCGAGGGGUACCACCCGGGCCUGGGGCUCGCGGUCCUCCUCCUCCGCCACGCGAAAACGUAGCCCCUGCACCCAGAAACCAUCAUCGCAAAACAGAUGCCUGCCCUCUUCCCCCUUCUCAGUUAGACCACAACACAUGCGCCAGUAUUCCAGAACAGGCGAAUUCUCAGGGGAGGGGGAGAGGCGCGGUGAGCGCUCCUCAAGUGAGCACGAUCGCGCGCACGAGCGCUGGUAAUGUGAGCACGCCGACCGUGCAGUCUCCAGGAUCGGCCGCCAUUACCGGCAUGCCGCCCAUCGGCACAACGACGGCCGUCAGCACGUCGCCCGCCCGUCGAGGCGGGCCUGCUGUCGUGCCAGCACCGACCGCUCAGCCAACAACACAAGCCCCGCCUCCGACCACUCAGCCCAACCUCAUGCAGAAGUUCUCCGAGAUGACUGCCCCCGGUGGUGACAUUCUCAGCAAAGGGAAGGAGCUCAUCUUCAUGAAGUUCGGACUCGGUGGAAAAUAAUGUCAGCGUCGUGGCCUCUGGAGCUCCAAUGUUUGGAUCAUAUUGCCCACUAUUUAUUUGUAACGCCGUUGAGGCGAAGAGUUCUGCUGCUGUUAAAGGCUUUAUGACUUGGCCGAGUUUUAUAAAGAUUUUUGUUUUUUAUUUAGGCAAUUCGAUUUACCCUUAUUCGAUUUAACGUAAGAUAUGUAAAUAAUUAAACAUUAACAUUCAAUAAACGCACAGUUUAGUGGAUAUUCAAAUAUUUAGAGGUCUCGAUAGUACGCACGGUUGAUGAUUAUACACCUGAAGUUAUAGUUAUGUGUAAUGUUUUCUAUCUUUCUGACCUGUGUCCGUAUGUUAGAUUAGUUUAUAAGAAUAUUGAUUAUGUUGUCGAGGAGCCGCCGAAUCCGGAACGUUCCAUAAUCAAAUAGUAACAUUUAAUAUCUUCUAAGCAAAAUAUGAACUCGCGGUUCCUCAGCAAUACUCUUCUAAUCUAUUUUGUUUCGUAUAUAAGUACGAAACGUUUUAUUGUAUGCGAAGUUGUCUGACUAUUACUUCUGAAACUUUGUUAUUGGACUGCAAGCGUAACUUUUUAUAAAGUACCAGUUAUAUCCGCUAGAGAUUCGUUCCUUUAAAAUUAAUAUAUGUUUGAUUUUAAUUGGAUGUGAGAAUAAAGUGCAUAAAGCAGGAAUCGUUUGGCCCACAAGAGCUAGGUAAUUUUUGGGUAGCCACCGUCCUGGAAGCCCAUAUUCAACUGGACAAUCUUGGCAAUAAAAAAUAGAAUGUGUGAUCUGAUUAUUUGUUUCAAAUGUUUAUGAUAAUGUUGGAUGAGUAAUAAAUUUUACAUAUAAUAUAUUAAGAAACAAAUGUUGUAAUCAAUGUUCACGACAUUUUUUUGUAACAAUACGAAUAAUAUCAGUCUAUGUUCAUAUUACACUUAAACGAUUCAUUACACAACAAAUGCAAGUCAUUUUAAUGGUAAGGUUUUUCUGUAAAUUCAUACGAAAUUCCCUUCACUAUAAAGUAAAUAUUCUGUGAUAGUAGACGUGUUACCAUCUAUCUCAUUAAAUAUAAUUAAUUGCGUCACAUUUUCACUUAGAAUGUCGAUAUCAAUAUUGAAAUAACAUCUCAGAAGUUGAAUAAUUAUAAAUAUAAAUCUAAAUAUAUACCAGCAAUAAUAUUUUAACACACAAUGAUUUAAUAACGAAUAAUAUCCAAUAACUUAAACACAGUCUUUCUUGUCGUAAUCACUGCGUAAUAAAGACGCUCGCAAUUUAGGGAAACAAACACACAUUAAAAAAAAAACACUAAGUUAUCUACUUUUCGGUAUUGGCUAUUAAAAUAACUUUAUAUUGAAAUUGUUAAAAUAUUUUUGGAUUUAAAUUUAUUUAGUUAAACAAUUGAAAACCAUUCAAGCAAAAAAAAAACAAGGAACAACAAAUGCAAAGUUAAUGUAUGGAGCCACUAUAAGACUGCUUGCACCUGUGUAAUUACUUUAACAUUUCUUAUAUUAUAUUAACUAAUAUUAAAAUAUUUAAUGAAUGUUUCAAAUUUCCAGAUGCAAGAUAUCUGAUAGGCUUAGCAAUAUAUUGCUUAAGAUAAUCUCCGUCAACAGGAAUUAUAUGUUGUAAAACAUUGAUAUUAAAAACAAAAUCAAUGACACAUUCAAAGACCAAUAGAAUAUCUGUUGACGGAUGUCAUCUCACCGCUCCUUCACUAUCCAUUGCCAAAUCAUCGUAAUUUAAUAAAUUCAAUUCAAUCUCAUCACGAAACAAAUCAUCUGUGAGAUAUAUGACAAUAUAAAUCAAUGUAUUUACGAUUUAAUGGUAUUUCCUUGCAAUGGUUAUGCAAGGGGCGGUGAUAUUUAUUCACUAUCAAGUGCGUCACGUUCAAACUAUAUACCUGUAUCUCGUUGUUGUAAAUAUUGUUCGAUAAGGUUGCUUCAAAUGUAGUCUAUUUCGAUGCUCACUUCGUACAAGGGAUUCUCUAUUAAGUCCUUAUAAUCGCUUAUCUAUCCAACGACAUUCGAAUAUUUUAAUCUUUUCACGUAUAUAUGUAAAAGAAAUUAGCUUGAAAUUGUUAGUAACUUACCAUUUAUAUUUAUAACAUGUUUAGCCGUGCUGUUUAGUCCACAUUGAUCUUAAGGCGGUUCUACAAUGCGGGUUACGUGAAGAUAUCAAAGUGCACUUUACAUACGAAACAAAUAACGAACCAAAUUAUACUCUUGAAUGUUUUGUAAUAAAUUAAUACGAUAUCUUGAAUGUUACAAUUAUUUAACAUAACUUCGCAAUAUACUAUUGAUGGAUAAUUUAAUUAUCUUUAUGUGCCUGCAUUGUAUGAAUAUAUAUGUUUUAUUUGGUUGUACAUAAUCGUGUUCUUUAUGGUAUACCCAUAUAGCUCGACAGGCUACAUAUCUACCUAUAAGUGUAUGACCUGAAUUGAGUUUUUUUUUCUAUUAAUCAUACUUCUAGUAUAAUCUAACAGCGUUCAAAGUUGUUCACUUGUUUAUAAAAUUGUUGAUCUGUAUCCAUAUCUCUUAACACAUGUACCUACGUGUAUGGUUAUUUAUACAAAUAUAAAUAAUUAUUGAAUAUUAAUCGUGCAAUCAUUAUUUAAUACGACGACUUGUAUAUUGUAUUAAACCUCUUGAAAUGUACCAAAUAUUCUGCGACUAAAUAAAGGAUACAAACGACGCUUCUUUA